UGCCGGGUUGGCGGCUGUUGGGAAGGAGCAGCACCGAUCCCUGAACACCAAGCACUCUGGGGCGGAAAGGAGAGGGUCACUGGGGCAGAGAAGCGACGGAGGCACUACCGGCAGGGGGAGGGGAACACAGCACCGACUUCCUGGCUCCUGAGGUUUGGUUUCACCGGGUCCUGCGCUCCCGGGACGGGUAGCGGACACGCUGCAGGGCGCAUCCUGACGGCAGAGAUUAAGCUGCUGGAUUAAAUCUGCGGAGGAAGAGGUGCCGUGCCUACACGAGAGGAAGGAGACAUGUAAGAGAUGAUUGGGAUUUAAUCUUUUGGAGGCAAUCUAUUGAAUAGCCCAGAGCGGAGUACUGAGAAGCAAUGGGAAUUGGAGGCCAUGGUAACCUGACAUAAAUGGCAGACCAGAGGGAUUCUCGCCUCUUUGCAUCCUGUGUUUCUUGCCUUGUCCUCUGCUGUUGCUGCUGUUCUCCUGAGGUUCUCCAAAUCUUUACACUGUGCAGCCAAAGGACAGUGAUCAAGCGGUGUAGGUGAACCUUAGAAGCAGGUGAGGUUAAGUGGCCUCACCAUGAUUCAUUUAUGGAAAUUAGUGCGUCACAUGCGACAACUGGAACUCCAUCGCUUGAUCUUGCUGCUCAUUGCGUUCAGCUUGGCCUCCAUGUGUUUCUUGGCUUACUAUGUGACAAACAACCCAAAAAUCAAGCCUCCACCGUUACCCUUUAGUGACUGCAGUAGCCAGCUUAGGGUUUUGGUGCAGCCCCAAGCCAGCUGGCGAAUCGCCAAAUCAGUAGACACCUCUCGUACUGAACCAGUAGUGCUUGUGUUUGUGGAGAGCAUCUAUUCCCAGCUUGGUCAAGAGAUCGUGGCCAUCUUGGAGUCUGGCCGCUUUAAGUAUAGGACGGAAAUUGCUCCCGGAAAGGGAGACAUGCCAACUUUGACUGAUAAAGAUCGUGGUCGUUAUGCUCUGAUCAUUUACGAGAACAUCCUAAAGUAUGUGAACUUAGACUCGUGGAACAGAGAGCUGCUGGAUAAAUACUGCGUGGAGUACGGAGUUGGUAUUAUCGGCUUCUUCAAAGCUAAUGAGAAUAGCUUACUGAGUGCACAGCUAAAAGGAUUCCCCCUCUUUCUACAUUCCAACUUGGGCUUGAAGGACUACCAUAUUAACCCUAACGCUCCUCUUUUGUAUGUGACUAGAGCAAAUGAAGUGGAGCAGGGUCCUCUCCCAGGGGAUGACUGGACAGUAUUUCAGUCUAACCACAGCACAUAUGAACCUGUAUUGUUAGCAAGCACCAAGUCUGCUGAAUCUAUCCCACAUCUCCCUACCCACAAAGCACUUCAUGCUACUGUCGUACAGGACUUGGGCCUCCAUGAUGGCAUCCAAAGGGUUCUGUUUGGCAACAAUCUCAACUUCUGGCUACAUAAGCUCAUCUUUGUUGAUGCUAUUGCCUACUUAACCGGCAAGCGCCUGUGCCUCACAUUGGACCGAUACCUUUUGGUGGAUAUUGAUGAUAUUUUUGUCGGCAAGGAAGGCACGCGUAUGAAAGUGUCUGAUGUUGAGGCCCUAUUGAACACACAGAGCAAGCUGAGAACACUAGUUCCUAAUUUCACCUUCAACCUGGGUUUUUCUGGGAAGUUCUACUAUACGGGUACCGAUGAGGAGGAUGAAGGAGAUGACAUGCUGCUGCAGCACAAGAAGGAGUUCUGGUGGUUCCCUCACAUGUGGAGUCACAUGCAGCCUCACCUGUUCCACAAUGUUACUGUCCUGGCUGAGCAGAUGAAACUCAACAAGCAGUUUGCGCUGGAACAUGGCAUUCCCUUAGAUUUGGGGUAUGCGGUGGCACCCCAUCAUUCCGGCGUCUACCCGAUACACAGCCAGCUCUAUGAGGCAUGGAAAUCUGUGUGGAACAUCCAGGUUACCAGCACAGAAGAGUAUCCUCAUCUCCGGCCGGCCCGCUACAGGAGAGGAUUCAUCCACAGUAAUAUAAUGGUUCUGCCGCGACAGACCUGUGGGCUUUUUACUCACACUAUAUUCUACAAUGAGUACCCCGGGGGCUCCAAAGAACUGGAUAAGUCCAUCCGUGGAGGAGAGCUGUUCCUAACCGUCCUUCUGAAUCCGAUCAGCAUCUUCAUGACACAUCUCUCGAACUACGGCAAUGACCGCCUGGGGCUUUAUACAUUUGAAAGCCUGGUGAAGUUUGUGCAGUGCUGGACCAACCUUAGGCUGCAGACUCUACCGCCUGUCCAGCUGGCAAAGAAAUACUUUGAAAUAUUCCCACAAGAAAAGAACCCUCUUUGGCAGAAUCCAUGUGACGACAAGCGGCAUAAGGAUAUUUGGUCGAAGGAAAAGACCUGUGACCGACUGCCUAAGUUUCUGGUUGUGGGACCCCAAAAGACUGGUACGACGGCUCUGUACUCCUUCUUGAACAUGCACCCUGCUGUCACGAGCAAUUUCCAGAGUCCAGUCACGUUUGAGGAAAUCCAGUUCUUUAACGGAUUAAACUAUCACAGAGGCAUUGACUGGUAUAUGGAGUUCUUCCCUGUGCCUUCCAACGCUAGCACAGACUUCAUGUUCGAGAAGAGUGCCAACUACUUUGACACAGAAGUGGUUCCAAAGAGAGCUGCUGCUCUACUUCCUAGAGCAAAAAUUAUCUGCAUCUUGAUCAACCCUGCUGACCGGGCAUACUCCUGGUACCAGCACCAACGAGCCCACAAUGAUCCUGUGGCGAUGAACUACACAUUUGCGCAGGUGAUUGCAGCUGGACCACACGCAUCACCAGAUCUCCGAAACCUUCAGAACCGCUGCUUGUCGCCUGGGUGGUACGCGACUCAUCUGGAAAGGUGGCAGACCUAUUUCCCAGCCAGCCAGAUCCAUAUUGUGGACGGCCAAGAACUGCGGAAUGACCCAGCUUCAGCCAUGGAGAGCGUGCAGAAGUUCCUCAGUGUGACACCACAUUUCAAUUACACUCAGGCCCUCAAGUUUGAUGAGUCCAAAGGAUUUUGGUGCCAGGUGGUAGAGAAUGGAAAGACUAAGUGUCUAGGGAAGAGUAAGGGCCGGAAAUAUCCUGACAUGGAACAGUCGUCACGGACUUUCCUUGCAGACUUUUAUCGUGAAAGCAAUAUUGAGCUUUCCAAGCUACUAAACCGACUGGGUCACCCUCUACCAACAUGGCUGCGGGAAGAGCUUCAGAAUUCAAACAGGAGCUGAGCAUGGUGUCCCGC